UUUCACAGAAGCGUAGGACAUUUUCGACUGGGCAAUUAUGCGCAGGGUUUUGAAGGAAUGGUUGAAUACAUCGUUUCCGCAUAUGGAAGCGCGCACAUUGUUCAAACUCCAGCCAUCGGAGACGGCGUGUUUCCAACUAACACUCAAACACUUUCUACAUUCCCUUCUUCUUCUGGGACAGGGCAAUUCACAGCUAUUCAAGGAGUUCGUCAAAAGACAAACAUCAACAAACUGGAGAGAUUCGAUUUCGAUGAAAUUCCUGAGGAGGAACGACUUUGGGUUCGAAUUCUAGUGAAAGCAUUAGCACAAUGUGGAGACGAUCUUAGCAAUUUAACUUUUCAUGUAAAAGCGAUAGCUGAAGAAGCGAUGGAUAUUUCCUUGAAGCUGAUUAGUGAUCUUCAUUACAAUAAAAUUGAAGAAGAAUUGCAGAAUACAGAUAAGGAAUCGAAAGAUCGGGAAAAGGCUUGGCUUCGCAUGAAACCCUAUCUUGAAAAUUUGUAUUCAAAAUAUAAAGAAAUGCCUAAUAACUUAGAUCAGUGCCCAGAAAGAAAAACAUAA